AUGGAUCAGGUACAUACUCGGGCUAUAGAGGCCCUUCAACCUUUCAUCCAUCUCGCCAACUCCAACAGCGCCUCGUCACCUCGAUUCGUCGCCAAUCUUAUCACAAAUGCCACCUCCAGUCCUAACACCUACGUCUUCGCCGAGCUAUUAGAGACUCCCGCAGUGCAGGGCCUUCGAUCCCAGGAUGUUCCCGAAGAGUUUCACGGGUACCUGACCCUUCUCGAGAUCUUUGCGUGGGGUACAUGGCAAGAAUAUCAAACGACGCCAAAUCUCCCCCCGUUAUCGGAUGAACAAGCCCUGAAGCUCCGCCUGCUUUCCCUCCUGUCCCUCUCCGCAUCCAUCAAACCCCUCACCUACGACACGCUCAUGGACUCGCUAUCCAUCUCGGCCGCCGCCGAUCUCGAGUCCCUCGUCACCGCCGCCAUCUACGCCUCGCUCAUCACCGCCCGUCUCUCCCCCGCCACCAGCCCGCCGUCCGUCAACGUCACUGCCGUGGCUCCCCUGCGGGACGUGAAACCGCAGUCCCUACCAUCCAUGAUCUCCUUCCUGACAGACUGGGAAACCCGCUGCGGCGACGUGAUCACCGACAUCGAGGCGGAAAUCACCAAGAUCCGGACCAACUCGGCGAAGCGCCGCGCCAAGGAACGCGACGACAACGAGCUGUUCGAAAAGACCCUGGCUAACUGGCCCGCUAUCAGCGCCGACUUGGCUGGCUUCGAGGCCGCUCGGCUUCCUGGCUCCAAGAAAGUGAGAGGCGGGCCGGGGGGCUAUAGCGGUAGUAAGCGGGAGUACAGCGCGGAUGACCUCGAUGACGACGAUGGAUAUUGGGACAAUGGGUUGGAAGGCGGUGUUGAGGCGCAUCCCGGCUCAAGGAUGGAUAUCGAUGAGGGCUUGGGAUCCUCGCGGGCUGGACCCGGAGGUGGUUGGUCUCGUCAUGUCAAGCGAGUGCUGGGCAAGAAGUCAUAA